AUGAAAUUAAUAAUUUUAGUAAUAAUAUUUUUAAAAUUAAUAUCAAUUAAUGGAUUUGAAAAUAUUGAUGGUAAUAAUUUUUUAAUUGAAACAGUUGAAACAAUUUCAUUUAAUGGUAAUUUUAAUUUUUCAAAUAAAUUUGAUAAAAUCAAUGGUGAUAGUAGUAUUUGUUUUUCAGGAGUUGGAGGUGGUUUUAAUGUUUUGGAAUUUUCGUCGGGUUUAGGAAAUUCUGAAAUUUUCAUUGUAAAAAGUGAAGAAGACUAUUACUUUGAAGAAUAUGAUCACUAUGAAACUUGUAAACAUCAAAUUGGAAUUACAGAUUUACAUGUUAAACCAAAUCAAAAAUUAAGAAAUAAAACUUUUUAUUUCUUUGUACAAGAAGAAUAUUAUUAUUCAGGUUGUUUUAAUAUUUAUUUAAAAAAUUGUGAUAUUAAAACAGAUCAAAAAAAUGAUUCAAUUUCUUAUGAAAUUCAAAUUUUAAAAAUUCAUUCACCUUUAAAUAUUAGUCAUUCAACAAUUCCAUCAUUUCAUAUUUUCUUCACAAUUUUCUUUAUUUUAGUUUUUGUUUUUACUUUUACAUCAAAUUCAUUAUUUUCAUUAUUAAUUAUAAAUAUUAGUCAAGGUUGGGGAUUAAUAUCAGAUUUUGGUAAACGUUUUGCAAUUAUUUUUAAUUGUGCAAUAUUUUUUUCAACUGAAAUAUUAGGUUUAAGUGCUUAUUUAGUUGAAUCAAAUAGUCAAUUUUAUGGUGGUGAAUAUAGAAAUCCAUUUAAAUCAAAUGUUGGUUAUGUUUUAAUAGCAAUUCAAGGUUUAACAAUUUUUUAUUUUAUUUUUUCAAACAAAAUCUUUUCAAAUUUGAUUUCAACAGAUCAAUAUCAACAAUCAUUUUUGGUUAAAUUUAAAAUAAUUUUUUCAAUUUGGAUAAUUUCAAUUCCAAUUUCAGAAAUAAUUAGUAUUUUCAUUGUUGACAAUAAUUUUAGAUUCAGUUUAUUUAGUAUUAUUAAUGAUUCAUUUAAUUUAAUUUUCUAUUUAUUAAUAAUUUAUAUUUAUCAUCCAUGUAAAAGUAAUAUUUUAGUAAAAAGAUUAAAUAGUUAUUAUGAUGAUGGUGAUGAAUUAUCAAUUAAUCAAAAUCAAUCACAACAAAAAAGUAUUGACGAAAUUAAUCUUGAAAAUUUAUAUAACAAGUAA